GCCGAAGAAAUCAGAUUUGUGAAUGGCCAGAUCUUUCAUGACGUAGGAUUUUGACCAAUCAGAGAUCUACUCUUCCUAACGAGGUUGUACGACUACUAACCGUUUUUUUAGAUAUGUAUUAAGUCAUGGUUCUCGCUAAGGUGUAAAAUUUGAUUGAAUUUAAUAAUAAAACUAUCACUGAAAAAUGACACUAUAUCAUUUUGGAAACUGCCUGGCGCUCGUAUAUGUACCAUAUUAUUUAACUUAUAAAUAUUCAGGGCUCUCAGAAUAUGGAGCUUUUUGGAAAUGUGUUCAGGCAGGAGGUAUCUACAUAUUUACUCAACUUGUUAAAAUGUUAGCGCUUGCAACAUUUUUUCCGACAGCCGAUAGCGUCGGACAAGAAGGCUUUGACAUUUUUGGAGAAUUUCUCAAAUCUUCCAUUGAUCUCGCAGACCUUGCUGGAAUACUAUUAGUAUUGAAUGGUAUACCAGGAAAAGGCCAUGCUAAAGUUUUGACAUCAGGUAUUGGAUGGGCAGGUGCAGAGGUACUUCUCACUAGGUUUCUAUUGCUAUGGGUAGGUGCACGUGGUGCUGAGUUUGACUGGAAAUACAUUCAGAAGAGUUUAGAAUCCAACAUCAAUCUGGUUCAGCAUAUAACGACUGCAACACUUGUCUGGCUGUGGUCAAGACAUGACUUACGUCGUGGCCUUGUUCCAUUAGUUGUCGGUAUGCUGUUAAUAACGAUUUAUAGGCCAUUAAUUCUUGACUUUUUAACAUCUGUUUUACUGGCUGGUCCAUGGUCAUCCCUUUUCAUUAAAGCUGUCACCACACUCUUCAUGGGUGCUACUACUUUGCAUAUUUAUGCAGGUCUUGCUCAUUCCAUUGGUAUAUUUUAAGCAGUAAGUUGAAAAUGUACAUACGAUUAUAAAGUGUUAAAGCAAAACCUAUAAAUAUCUAUGCAUCAAUGUGGAAUGCAUAUAGAAACAUGAGAACCAAUCAGAAUCAUGGAUAUUUAUUACUAUUUACUUCAUUGUAAAACGUAAGUUGAUAUAUUAAAAGACUUAUAACUGCAUACGUAAUAAUAUAUUCAGAUGAAUUUUAA